AUGACAAAACCGGGCCUCAAGGCCUUUCGUCCAAACACCCACGUCUACUACAACCGUCCAUCACAUCUUUCACGACGCUGUUCCUCACCGGCGAUGCAUGGCGUCUGGGAAAUCGAACAAACAAACAUUUCCCACCUCAUCCACUUUCAACUGCGGCCAAUAAACAACAAUCGUCCUGCAGAAGCAAGUCUGAUCUACAGUACACCUCUUUCAACCGUACGACACUGCAUAUCAGAUGCAUGA